AUGGCUGUUAAAAACUGUUCUGACAAUAUCCCAGAGUGGGUUGAACAACAAAAAAGAACAAUGACAAGGUGGAUCAAUAGCAAGCUCAGAUACGACGCUGUUAAAGAUAUAUCCAUUGAUCUCAAAGAUGGCCUAGUGCUUGUAAAGCUAAUCAACCAAGUUAUUUUAGAAUCACCCAAUGAGCAUGGAAAUGAGAAGAGGUACUUAUUAACGUCAGUCUAUGAAAAGCCCAAAUUCAGGAUACAAAUGGUUGAGAAUCUAAAUGAUUUCCUUAAAUUUUGUAGAUUGAUUUUAAAUAUCAAUAUUUUAAAUGUCAAUGGCGAAAAUAUCUACGAAGGAAAUGUUAAAUUAAUACUUGGCUUGGUGUGGACAAUCUUUAUAUACUCGACGUCCAAUGCCAUGCCACUUUAUAAUAACUCGUCUUAUUCCCAGAUAAAGACAAUUUUAAUGAAUUGGGUCAAUCAAAUCAUAAACAGAAAAGAUACGAAGAUCUCAAAUUUGAAUAAAGAUUGGUCAAUCGAAAUCAACCGACCUGAUCUUUAUUUAUCGUAUAUUUUGGAUUACUAUUUGCCCGGUCAUUUUGAGAUCCUGCUUAAAAAAUUCCAAAACUUAACAAAUGUCUUUGCUUACACUGAGUCCAUAGGAAUACCACGCCUCGUAGAGGCAGAUGAUUUUUUAAGCCUUGUUCCCGAUGAGACAUGUGUGGUUACAUUUCUUGUUGAGUGGUUUUAUUUUUUUGAGGGAGAUCAAAAACAUAAGGAAAUGUUGGCAGAAGGUAAGACAGAGAAGUUCGAUGCUCUAAUUGAGCUCUUGACUUCUGCAGUCGAUAUGAAAAGAUCUUACGAAUUGAAGGGAGCAAUGUUUCUCAACCAAAUUACUUCAUUGACCCAGCAAAUCAAUGAAAACUCGAUAUUUUUUGAGAACUUUAUUGCACCAUUAAAGAACCACCUUAAUCAAUGUAUGCUGUUGUUUGAUGAGUCUUUCAAUUCUAAUUCAGGAGAUUUUGAACAAUUUUUUGACUUAUUUCUGUUUGUUCAAGAGCAACUAAACGAUGUAAUUGCACGAUUAGAUACAUGCGAGACAUAUCGAGUCGUUAUUAAACCUCAAUUAACCUACAAGGAUUUCCCUGAACUCAAAAGUCUUUCAAACACUAUCAGAAAUAAUCUUGAGGAGAUUGGGAUACAAUAUUUACCGUCAAAAGAGCUUCAGUUGGAGAAUUUGGACGAGAAAUUUCAGAGCCUCAUAAGUGUUGAUGCAGUGCUUAUAAGUAUAUUGAAAGUGGGAAUCAAAGAUCUUAAGGAAGUGUCUAAAUUCAAGGAGCUCAACGGAUAUCUUAAUUCGAUCGAAGAUCACUUGAAAAAGCAUAGACAUGAACUCGACCCUGGAAGCAAAGAUAAUAUCAUAAAAUGUUUGGGAAUAUUCGAUUAUCUUAUCGAAGUAAAUCACAAAUUAGAUUACCAUUCUAGGCGGCUCAACAUCGAAAGGUCAACUUCGGAAUUGAAAAAGCUUUUGGAAACUUCUUUUAUAAAACAUUGCACGAAUUACAAUGUUGAUGCAGAUAUGUUUCUUCGCUUUAAGCAGCAUCUAUGCAUUUACAGUGACUUGACGUGCUCCGAAAUGAUAAAAGAGAUGACAGAUAUUACUUCAGCUGAUAUAUCAACAGAACUCUUAUUAUCGUUCAUUCAGCAGAUUCCUAAUAAAUCAAUCAUAAGAGAAGACAAUGACUCGCAUAUUCAGUACUCUUCUGAUGAUAGCGAUGAAUCUUCCAUAUUUGAUGGUGUUCAUAAGCAGCUUUAUUUACAGCUUUCAGGACACGAUAAACUUUACAAUUUUGGCGAUUUUUUUGAAAGAAUUGAUAAUAGGUUUUGCAUCUAA